AUGACUAAUCCCAACAAGAAAAUGAACUUGUACUUUGACAAUUUCGAUGCAUCUGUGUUUUACAGGAAAACCUGUCUUUCUAUGACUUCGAUUAAACCUCUCUCUUUGGAGAAGAUGGAACGAACAAGCUUUGCCGCCGAGCUAAAAGCAAAUUCGCAUCGCUCUCUGAAGAGAGAGGAGUUGAAGGACUUGGGCGAGAAGUUAAGGCGUGGGUGGGUUGACUUUGAAGUGAACAUGUGGGUUUCAACAACGUUUGGAGCUGGAAAUUGGCUUAGCAUGAAAAGAUCAAUGGCUGUUAAUUGCAAGAAUCUCAACGUUAUCUUCUCAUCUUCUUCGAAAUCAACUGGAAUGCUCGAAGAUCAAAUCAUAGAAAAUUGCGUGGUUGUUUAUUCCUGA